AGGGUACGUUGCAUUGAUGUCGCAGCAUUGGCUUAGCUUGCGGAUACCCUCCAGCACCAUCCACGUCCUUCGCGACCUGGGAUCGACUGCGCUUCGAUGGCGAAGAAGAAGGUCAUGGUGGACGUGAUCAGCGAUGUGGUCUGACCCUUCUGCUGGAUCGGCAAGCGGAACCUGGAGGGCGCCAUGAAACAGUGCCCGGACCUCGACUUCGAGGUCCGGUGGCUGCCCUACCAGCUGAAUCCUUCUGCAUCUCAGGAGCCCCAGAGCCGCAUCGAGGCCUACCAGAAGAAGUUCGGGAAAGGCAUUGAGGAGGUGAAGGCCAUGGGGGGCUUCAUGAAGUCCAAGUUCGACGCUGUGGAACUCCCCUUCAACUUCACCGACAAAGCCAAGAUCAGCAACACCUUCGACGCGCACCGUGUGCUGACUGCUGCCUUCAAGCAGGGGGGCGCGGCGGCCCAGGACAAGGCGGCGGAGGUGCUGUUCGAGGCCUACUUCGCCGCGGAGAAGGCGCCCAACGACCCGGAGGCGCUGAAGAAGGCGGCGGCCGCCGCCGGCCUCGCGGAGAACGUGCUGGACAAGAGCUUCGCGGCAGAGGAGACCAAGGAGGAGAUGAAGGUGGGUCAGCAGCUCUCAGC